AUGGGCUUACCCCUCGACGAAUUCACGUUCUUCGCUGAGUUACCGAUGGAGAUUAGGUUGGUGAUUUGGCGCUUCGCCUUUCCCCGAAGCAGAAAUAUCAAGCUGGAUUUCGACGUCAAUGCAGUGAAACACAACUUGAGCGUCGGCGCAUUAUCAAAUACCGAAGUGGAGAUUGAAGCUCGCUGUCCACUACCGGUCACUCUCUACGUCAAUUCGGAAAGUCGCAAGGAGACACUCAAGCACUACACUAUCUUUAAACGUCACCAAGAGUACUCUGCCCCUAAAGUAUUUCGACCACUGUGCUAUAGCGCUACGAGGGAUAUCGGACACACAUCAUAUUCUCCGAUUUAG